CCUACUGAGUUGCGAGCUCUAUCCAUCCCCCAUAUUCCUUGUCACUCGGACUCGGACUUCGAUUCCCAUUUCCUUUAAACAAUUCGAUUCCCUUUCGCUUUCUCUUUCCCCUUUGCCUCUCUGUGACAAACACUAGGUAAGUUUUCUCCGUCCCUCCACUAACCUCCGGUCCAAAACCGCUUACUUUGAAGUUUGAACCAUUCGACGUCAAUACAAACCCCCACAUUCCAAAACCCCCUCAAAUCUUCUUCCCUAUUUGUUUAAAAUCCAACAAAGUCUUCGUCUUUAAAAGAAAAAACAACCACGGAAAAUUACUCCAUUCACUUCACACGGAAUCCCCACGUCCCUCUCUGUCUCUGUCUUUAUUCCACAUCCUUUAACUACCCAAAACCCACGUCUUGUUGUUCUCUCCCGAAACCAGAUUUUGAGAAUCAAAGUCUGAAACUUUGUUUUAGUAAAACCCAAAAACCAGAGUGACCAAGAAUCAAAGAUUGAGACUUUGGGACUGAUAGGCCGAAACCAGAGAGGCCCAGAUACUCAAGUUGGAAACCCAAUUCUGGCAGUGAUGUUGGAGAUGUGUAGGAGACCAUUGGAGAAGUGCUUUGGAGGUGGAGAUGAUGAGCUUCUAUGGCACACGGACUUGAAGCCUCACUCUUCUGGGGAGUAUUCAAUUGCUGUUGUUCAGGCUAAUUCAUCUUUGGAAGAUCAGGGACAAGUGUUCACCUCUCCUUCUGCCACGUAUGUUGGAGUUUAUGACGGCCACGGUGGUCCUGAAGCUUCUAGAUUCAUCACUCAGCGGCUCUUCCCCUUUAUUCAGAAGUUUUCAAAUGAGCAAGGUGGACUAUCAGAGGAUGUGAUUAGGAAAGCGUUUGAUGCAACUGAGGAGGAGUUUGUGGACUUGGUCAAGCGGUCAUGGCCGGCACGGCCAAGUAUUGCUUCUGUAGGUUCAUGCUGUCUUGUUGGCGCCAUUACGAAUGAUGUCUUGUAUGUGGCUAAUCUCGGAGAUUCGAGGGCGGUUCUUGGUCGGAGAGCAAUAGAUGGACCGACGGUGGUGGCAGAGCGGUUGUCUACAGAUCACAAUGUUGGAGUGGAGGAGGUGAGGAGGGAGGUUAAGGAUCUUCACCCUGACGAUUCGCACAUUGUGGUUUAUACUCGUGGGGUUUGGCGAAUUAAGGGCAUUAUUCAGGUCUCUAGAUCAAUCGGAGAUGUCUACUUGAAGAAACCUGAGUUUAACAGAGAUCCUCUCUUCCAGUUUGGUAUACCUGUUCCUUUAAAGAGGCCUGUAAUGACAUCAGUACCCUCAAUAUUGGUUCGGAAGUUGCAACCCCAGGACAUGUUUUUGAUAUUUGCAACAGAUGGUCUCUGGGAGCAUUUGACUGAUGAAGCAGCUGUUAAAAUCGUCUCAAAAAAUUCAAGAGUUGGAAUAGCAAAGCGACUGGUAAGAACUGCCAUUGAGGAGGCUGCAAGGAAAAGAGAAUUGAGAUAUGAUGACAUAAAGAAACUUGAAAAGGGGGUAAGGCGCCAUUUCCAUGAUGAUAUCACUGUAAUUGUGAUAUUUCUGGAUCAUCCACAAACUUCCCCAAAUGCUACGGAUAACAGCCUCUUUACCUGCACUAGUGUUCCUGUUGAUAUCUUUUCUAAUAAUGAUGAUGAAGCAGUUGGCUCACUUCAUACAUUUCCCUGAGGAAACCAGUUGCGCAUGAAUAUGCACUUUUUUUGUUUAUAAGAUGAGAACUUGAAACUUAGGUGCAUCUUGUAGAAGAAGGCUGGAGUUUCCUUGUGAUUUUACAUGAAUGUUUAUUGUACAUAGAUUGGUAGAUGAGAGAUGGCAGAUUGAAGGUGCUGGUGAUUUCUCGGCUCUGAGCUUUGACCUCAUUUUCAGCUCUCGCUCUCUGGUCAGUAUAUAAUUUGUUUCACAUGAUGUAAAUUCUGGGAUAUUCAAUUUAUGUUAUUCCUGAUA